CUUCCGCAGGUGCGCGCUCGCAGCCGGAAAUAUAUUGAGACAAACAAAACAGGGAGAGCACGACCGAGGCGUGUAUGUGGGAUAUUUUGAAAUCAAAUGUCCAGCUAUACUUCAUCGCCGAGACCAGAUAACGACGACGACCUCGACAACGACGACAUCUACAGCACAGACGAGGACGGCAACGAUUCUGAUGAAGACACUGAAGAUGCCAGCGAAACAGAGGACAAGCAGCAGAACAAUCUUCCCCGCACUGAGAUAAGGGAGCAGAUGUACCAGGAUAAAUUGGCUCAUCUGAAAAAGCAACUGCAGCAUCUGAAGGAAGGCACCCUUCCCGAAUACAUCAAGCGGAACAGGAGGAUCGAACAGCAGUAUCGUGAAAGACUGCGUCUGAACGAGAUCUGGAGAGAUAUUGAGCUGGAGAUAGUUGAGAGAGAACAUAAGAAAGAGAAGAAAGCAUCAGCUAAAGAGUUUGAGGAGAAGAAGAUCGAACUGAAGGAAAGUCUAAUCAUGGAUUUGGAGGAGAAGAAGAGAAACGUGGAGUGUGAGAGGGGAACGAUGGACAUGAACACUAGCAGUGGUACAGGAAUGACAGACUUUAUGGAAGUGAAGCCGAUCAUGACAAGGAAACUGCGGAGGAGGCCAAAUGACCCGGUGCCACUUCCAGAGAAGCGGAGGAAACCAUCGCCUGCUCAGCUUAAUUUCUUCUUGGACGAACAAGAGAUUCAGGAUGACCUCCGCAUCAUCAAUAAAGUGAGCGGUAAACCAAUCAACAAGAAGCCGGCGCCUGUCCCCACGCCGAUAGAAGGCGUGUCCGAUGUCAAGAUUGAUGAUGGCAAACUCUACUAUGACAAAAGAUGGUUUCACAGGAACCAGCCAGUGUUUGUGGAGUCGAAGGAGGGGGGCAAGGUGUGUGGCGUCAUCACAGGAGUCGGCUCACAGGAGAUCUGGGUGCGGAAGACGUCUGACAACACCAAACUCCGUAUCUACGUCUCCCAGCUACAGAAAGGCAAAUACAUCCUCCGUCGUCGCUCCACAUGACCUGUGUGAGAUGUCAUCACCCUGUCAUCACUGUCAUACAUAUGACGUCAUGCUCAUCGCCAUUUUACAUCAUGUUGUCAUGGCAACACUCCAGAUAACCACUGGGAUAUUUAUACUCUACUGUCUACAGCUCUGUAAUUGUUCUACCACUACAAACAGUUAUAUAUGGUGAAUCUUUUCGCUGUCAGUCCUAUUCUGAAUGAUCUGCGUAAAGAUUUAAUAAAUAAUCUUUUUGACUGACUAAGGGGUGCAAAGUAUAAUAAUAAGCUUGAUGUCAUGUUCAUUGGGAUAUAUUGGCAUUAAUGCAUAUUAAUAAUAUCAGUGUCUUGAUCCUGAAAUGUAAACAUCAUGUAAAGAUGUUAACAGGGACAAAAUUCUCAAACAUAUUUACAUUUUUUGAUAUGUUAUUCAUGUUAAUAUUGUUUGUAUUUUAGAAUAAUUAUGAUGUAGAUUACCAGUACAUCCCUAUGUGGUAUAGCAUUGUUUUCCCACCGUGUUCCUGAUACAGGACUUAUAUCCUGGCCAGCAGUGGUUGGUCCGAUAACAGAGACGUCUGGAGCGUGCAUUCAGUCUAACAGAUUUCCUGGUUCUGUGACCUUGUUACAUUAUUAUCCAAUUCCAUGUAGAAAUGUUAGUCAACCAAUCAGAUUGUGGCACACACUCCCAUUCAUUCACACUGUAGUAGGGGGGCGGUCAGGUAGCCUAGUGGUUAAAGCGUUCGCUCGUCACGCCGAAGACCCGGGUUCGAUUCCCGACAUGGGUACAAUGUGUGAAGCCCAUUUCUGGUGUCCCCGUCCGUGAUAUUGCUGGAAUAUUGCCUAAAAGCCGCAUAAAACCAUACUCAAUCACUCACUCACACUGUAGUAUAUCAUACGGUUAAUCUCAAAGCUUUUGAUUCAUUUUGCUUCAUGAACUGAUCAGUGAACUAAAAGCUGGCAACUAAACAUAAAACAUUUAAUAUUUUUAUUUGUCAGUCCUCGUUUAUUCUGUGGCAAUUGAAAGAUACUGUUAAGAAGUAAUCUCUCUUACUGAAGUGAAUAACUGUUCUGAUAGUUAGUAGUUCGCUCUUAAUCAAGUACAGGAUGUCAUUCUAAGACAAUAUCACACUCAUAUCCUAAAUAAGAAGAGAAAUAUUUAAAUACUUUUUGUCUUUUCCUUUGCUUCGACGUAUCAUGUUUAUUAGUACAAUUAAGUUAUCUGAAAGCAAGGUGUUGAUGUAAUUUUAGUUUCCCGCAGUUAUUUUCAGAUAUUCCAGUGCCUAAAGUUUCUAUACAGAGUUACAUCCCUUUGGUGUGUCAGGAUCUUCUGAUCAUGGGUUCAAAUCCCAGAUUAUGAUCCUUAGUCGUCACCUACCUAUGCUUUAAGAUACAUCUAUUCACUGGAGUGUCAUAACACAUCCACAGCCACCAGCCAUGUUAAAAGGGAGACUACUCCGUGCUCUGAGGCCCUUGUACAAUACAGUGGUGUGAAAUUGAAACAUUUUGUGUGGUAGGGUACUAAUUAACUGUUACAGUGAUAGAUAUCAUAACAUAUGAGUUAACAGACAAAGAAAGAGGUGUGUGCUCAUAGUCUUCACCAAGGGGAUGGGGGCACGGGUGGCCCAGUCGUCAAAUGGUAAAUGUCUAUGACCUGCAUCACUUUGGGCUUUCCUCCCACAUUAAGCUGGCACGCCGUGAUAUGACUGGAAUACUGUAAAAAGCGGUGUAAAACACAACUCACUCACUUACCAAGGUGAUAACUAUUGAUGACUGCAUGUCUUUGGACUUUCCUCCCACUUUAGGAUAAUAUCAUGCAGAGUGAUAUAUCUCAAAUGCUGUUCAUUAUUGAUAUCAAUUUGUUAUGAAAUACAGGGACUAACUUAUAAAUUUAUCAUUCAGUAUACAAUUAUUAAGGCCAAAUAUUAAAUUGUGUGUCCUUUCGGAUUGGCUUGCUCAGUGUGGCUUAAGCUGGAAAGAACAAGAAAAAAUGUUGUUAGAUUUCCUGAAAUCUCUUUGAAAUAAUAGUUUCAACAAGAAUAAAAGAAUGUUUUCAUCAACUCCAGCAUUUUAAAUCAUUCUUGUCUACUAUUGCAAAUUCAUCAUUUUUGUCGUCAUGGUGACCGCUAGUCAAUAUGCAUUUAGUAGUGUCAUUUUUCAGGAAUCAGGAAUGCUCAGAUAACCUUUUUCACAAGAUUAUGCUCCUUGCUCUACUGGGUAAUGUGGUCCACCCUGAUUAUGAUCCUUGCUCUACUGGGUAUUGUGGUCCACCCUGAUUAUGAUCCUUGGUCAUGGGGGUAUUGUGAUCCACCCUGAUUAUGAUCCUUGCUCUACUGGGUAAUGUGAUCCACCCUGAUUAUGAUCCUUGGUCAUGGGGGUAUUGUGAUCCACCCUGAUUAUGAUCCUUGGUCUACGGGGUAAUGUGAUCCACCCUGAUUAUGAUCCUUGGUCUGACAGGGCAGUGUGGUCCACCCUGAUUAUGAUCCUUGGUCUAACAGGUAAUUUGAUCCACCCUGAUAAUGACCGUUGAUCUACGGGGUAAUGUGAUCCACCCUGAUUAUGAUCCUUGGUCUGACAGGUAAUGUGAUCCACCUGGAUCAAGACCAUGAUGUAUGAUCAAAGUGGUAAACAUCUACGACCUUUGUUGCAUUGAAUCUCCCUCCACAUCACAAAGUGUUGACAAUACCAUGUAUAUUAGAGAUUUUUUGAUAGGAUUCAUAUUGAGUCAGUUCUUCAAUUUCAUCAUAUAUUGAUGUUGUUUUGAAAUAGCAUGAAGUUGAACAGUUGUCAUCAAAGACUUUUUGUUAUCCUUUGUAAUAUCAAAAUGACUCAAUUUUACCCACAUUUCAUCCUCACCAAUAUUGUACCGAGACUUUGGCAUUCUGCCCUGUUUUGUCUGGUACACAGUGUGACUACCCGUUGUGUUAUACAAUGUAUACCCCUGGUACACAGUGUGACUACCUGUUGUGUUAUACAAUGUAUACCCCUGGCACACAGUGUGACUAACCGUUGUGUUAUACAAUGUAUACCCCUGGUACACAGUGUGACUACCCGUUGUGUUCUACAAUGUAUACCCCUGGUACACAGUGUGACUACCUGUUGUGUUAUACAAUGUAUACCCCUGGUACACAGUGUGACUACCCGUUGUGUUAUACAAUGUAUACCCCUGGUACACAGUGUGACUACCCGUUGUGUUAUACAAUGUAUACCCCUGGUACACAGUGUGACUACCCGUUGUGUUAUACAAUGUAUACCCCUGGUACACAGUGUGACUACCCGUUGUGUUAUACAAUGUAUACCCCUGGUACACAGUGUGACUACCCGUUGUGUUAUACAAUGUAUACCCAGCCUGAAGUCCAACACUGCACUUCAUUCCAGAAUCUUGCAUUGAGUCCACCAACUGCACAGAGCUUUGAGGCCCUUGUAUUGACACUCAAGUUGUUAAUGAUCAAAGUAGUUGUAGAAUUUAAUUGUAAAAGACCUAAUAAAGUCUAUAUUAGAAAUUU